CACAUGCUGAGUUGAAGUCCAAGUAAAAACUUCUACACACUACAGUGCGGGCUUGAGUUGAAAACAUCAAAGAUGUUGCAACCUUUAUUGGAGAAUGAGCUAUCCCAGAAUUCCGAAACUGAAUCCGUUUCGUCGCCGAAACGAGACGAGGAAAUGGAUUUUGAACCACUUUCAAGCAAUGUGGCCUUGGUAGAUGACAGGAAUACUUCAGGUAUAUUGAUACACUCAGUUGCGAUUGAGGUAGAACCUCUUUCAUCACAAUGUCAGAACCGUAUGGGUGUGGCGCCUUCCCUCUCAGAAGGAAAGAAAUAUCACGUCUUCUUUUCGUAUGAAAAUACUGACCGAGAGUGGGUGGAACAGAUUGCCAACAAACUGGAGUCUCCAGACUUUGGCUUCAAAUGCAGCGUCCACGAGAGAGAUUUUCAUGGGGGCAAGCGUAUCAUUGAAAACAUCACUGAACACAUCCGUCUGUCGGAGAAGACGGUGUUGGUGCUGUCUCCCGACUUCCUACAGAGUCACUGGUGCAUGUUUGAGAUUGAGAUGGGGAUGAUCCUGGGUAUGGAGGAGAGCCAGCUGCUGGUGGUGCCUGUGAUGGUGAAGCAGUGCCCUGUACCUGACAGUAUCAAGACCCUCACCUACAUCGACGCAACUCCUGGCAAUGACUGGUGGCAGAGGUUCAUUGGGGCCAUAGUUUCUAGAGACGACCUCCUCACCAACUACACUGGUACCAGAGACGUGACAGUCCGGCCUCGAUAUGGUAAUAUGGAAAAGUUGACUGAAAUAGCCUCCAACUAUAAGUGUCCAUCAGGAGAAGUCAUAAGGACACCGUAUGUUCCCGAAGCCUUGCUGAGACCAGGAAUACAGAUACCCCCUGAAGAGUUUGACAAGUCAGUUGACUUGAUCCGCUCCGCAACAUGCUUCUGCAAACAUCUCUAUGACUUUGGACCUUGUUGUGUACCCAUUCUUGUGGUGCUACUCCUUGCAGGCUUCGUUGCUAUGCCACUUGUAACAUUUGUUUAUGUUCUUUCCUUCCUUGCUGGCCUCAGUGACUAUCAGCCAAUUAUCAUCUUUGUUUCAACCCUAACAAUUCCGUGGGUAGUGUUCAUUGCCGGCUAUGCCAUACAGCGAUCGACGAGGAAAAGAAGACUUCGAAAAUCAGUGACUGAAGCCAACACAAUAUUUCUGAAAUACAACAUCAUAGUGGGAUUCAACAUGCAGAUGUCUGGGUGUGUUACAUCCAGGACGUUUCUCGAGUUUUGGUUUUACAAUCCGGUUGAGUGCAAGAAUUUCUUGGCACGAUUCCUUGAAGGUAAACACAAGGGAAUGAAUACACGCGUGUCACAGGUAUAUGCAUCCCAGCUGAUUCACCGACAUAGUGUGAGCUACACUUCCGCCUACAAGGAAGGUCAACUGAAGAUCAAACAUGGCGUCAGACAUGUCAGUAACGCUGCUUGUCUGUGUCAGUACAUUGAAGAGAAGUACUGUGAGGGUCAGAUACCACCACUUGAUGUUAUUUGAUUGUCUGUACAUUGAGGAGUACUGUGAGGGUCGGAUACCUCGACUUGAUGUUAUUUGAUUGUCUGUACAUUGAGGAGUACUGUGAGGGUCGGAUACCUCGACUUCAAGUUAUGUGGUUGCCUGUGCAUUGAUACUCUGAGGGUAGAAUAAAAUGCCUCCACUUGAUGUUAUUUGAUUGUCUGUACAUUGAAGAGAAGUACUGUGAGGGUCAGAUACCACCACUUGAUGUUAUUUGAUUGUCUGUACAUUGAGGAGUACUGUGAGGGUCGGAUACCUCGACUUGAUGUUAUUUGAUUGUCUGUACAUUGAGGAGUACUGUGAGGGUCGGAUACCUCGACUUCAAGUUAUGUGGUUGCCUGUGCAUUGAUACUCUGAGGGUAGAAUAAAAUGCCUCCACUUGA